AAUUUAACUUCUCUCUCUCAAUCAGUUGUGAAAUAAACUGGGCACUGAUGAAUUGGGCAAGGUUAUCCUGACAAUUAAAAUUUACUGCAGCAAAUGGUUUAAUGUGUCUAAAUGGUUCACCAUUGAACAUUUCGCAAGCGGACAUUUUUGAACAACGUCUUAAAAUAUUAAAAAUUACCGCAAUACGAGGAUUUUAUCGUCAAGAAAAAAAGUCGCGUCAGAUCAGGUGUUCAGUGUGGCCAUUGGGAGUCACUCAGCUGUAUUAUUGGGAAAAACUCAGGCCACGUAUCAUUGAAAAAAUACGCCUAAUUUUCAUCGAAAUUUAUAACAAUAUCGUUCGAAAUGUUGACCAUCGCUUUUAUAAGAAAUACAAACUUUGUAAAUGUUAAGGUGCGUCCAGACCGUAGCGCAAUACCGCGCCAAACAUUCGCGCCAAAUUUCAAGAAACAUCACUAAUUAGGACGGUAUCCUGUGUACGAACCCGCAAAGCCGAGCGACUUCGCUCGCGAUCAAAUAUGUUCCGGUUGAUGUCGGUACAUCAAAGAAAUGUUCGUGUUCGGGCAAAUUUAGUUUGGACGCUAGUAGCAGUUUAAUAUUCGGGCUUGUGCGAAUCUGAAGACAGUGAAAGACUGGAACCACGAAAAAAUAUUACCUCUGAUAAAUUUAUAUGAAAAUCAGCGUGAAAUAUUUGAGGUCAAAAUUACCACUUACGAAAUAAAAAAUACGAUGCAUGGCUGAAAAUCGCAACAGAGAUGCACAGGGACAUAGAAUCGAUGAAAGCAAAAAUGAGUUCAUUGUUGUCUUCAUUUGGAAGGGAAAUAACCAAAAUUAAAACUACAACAAGAACUGGACAAGGACAGAAGAACGUUUAUUCCAGCAAAUGGUUUGCAUUUACUAGCUUUGCCUUUCUUAUGAAUAAAAAUGAAGAAGCAGAAACCAUCAACACUGAAACUGUUUCAACUGAUGUUAACGAUUUUGAAGCUGUAAGCGAGCAUGAGUCAAAGAUGGACAUUUCGCAAAUUAUAGAAUACAUAACCAACGAAACUGGAAAUUUAGAAAAAGACCUAACGUCCACAAAAUAUCCCCCUAUGGGGUAUGUUCUAUGCUAACGUCCAAUCAAGCCGCUAAAGAGACAUCCACUGGCAAACGCAAACUGUUUACAUGUCCACAAAGACGAGUAAAGAAAAAGGUAGAGCAGGAAGAUCCGAGAAUAUCAGCUGCAUAUGAAAUACUUAAAAAUACGUCGAUUCCAAAGGAUGAAUGCUUCACAUUCGGUCAACAUAUAGCGACGAAACUACAAAAAUUUGAUAGUAGGCUUCGCGCUGUUGUUAUGCAUUCCAUAAGCAACACAAUUUUUGAAGCUGAUAUGAUGGAAAGAUACAAUAAUUAUACUCCAACACCAUCGCCUAAUUUUUCUACCAGUUAUUGUCAAUGCAAUCAGUCGCAGGAAUAGUCUAAUCAGGAGUUAAAUGUUAUAACUCCGCAUCAACCUGAUCGUCUCCUUUACAAACAUAACAACUUUACAUACAGCAAACAUUUGAUGUUGUUAAUAUUUAAUUUUAGUUAUUCAAAAAAACAAAACUAAAUUAUUUCUUACCUUAAUAUAUUGUUUCAAUCCUUCUGUUAAAGCUUUACAGACUUCUAGAAUUAUUGUAGAAAUACUUUGCUUCGAUAUUUUAAAAGUAUACAUUAAACUGGCAUAUGAAACUCCAGUGGCUAAAAACCCAAGCGUCACAGCUAGUCGUUCAUUGAUGGGGAUAGCCAGCCUAAAAUUGGUAUUUUGCUUCUGAAUUUUAGGACCGAUAAUAUUUAAUAACAACUCAAAAUCGCUUGAAAACACGCGGCAGAAAUUUUUAAAUUUUCCAGUAUCGUCAAUUGCCAGGUCGCAUAGCAAAUCACUGCCACUGUAUAAGCUUAAAUACAAACAUUUUUAAUUAUUGCUGCAGCAAUGUGGACGCAAGUCGCAAAUUGUGUGUGAACGUUCGCGAAUGUUUGGCGCGAUAUUGUGCCGCGGUCUCGACGCACCUUAAGGAAACGUUUUUUUUUUACAAGAGGCAAACUUUUAAGCGAAAAUUAUAACAGUAAGCGUUAAAAAUGAUGUCAAUUAAGAAUUUGAAGUUAAAUAAGCCCCUAUAAGAAGAGAUGUUAUUACGAUAAAUAUGUGUUUAGCGCUAAAAAUAUGUUCAUAACUAGUAUUUCUGAUA